UGCACUUUGAAUGGAAGAAUAGACUGCUGAGAAAAAUCUAACCCAGGUUCCUACAACAACAAUGUAUGUAUAGAGAGAAGAGGUGUGAAGGCCAAUUAACAAAAACAGAAUAGGGUAGAAAAGUAGCAGAGAUUUAGCUAUUUCCUCUUUCUUCUCUUUCCAUUCCUGGACAGACAAGUAAAGCGCCCAUCCCUAUAUGUGGAGGGUGAGAUGAACUCCAGUGGGAAUACUGUAGACCCCACCUGACAUCUCGCUGCCUAAGAAACGGAAGCUUUCACUGGAGCCACCACGUCCACAGAGCUGGAAAAAGAAAAGCAUUCGCCUAAAAUCCAACGGUGAUGCUCAGUUUUUGUUAAAAUAUUCAAAUUAUUUUUGUCUUGCAAAAUGAUGCACUAUCUUUAACCCUUUGACACUGCAAACCAGAGGAAACUAAAAGGAUACAAAACACAUUUACUGAAAACCAAGAAAUGGAAAAACCUAUUUGUCCCUUUCCCCAGACUUCUGAUUUUCUCCUGUCUGAGACUUGCCUGUCCUGUUCAUAGAGUCACCCCCCAUUGUCUUUCUUUGGCCCACAAUUCCUCCUCCACUUUAUCGAUCCAGUAGGCCUAGUUUCUUUAGCUUUCAGUCUGGCCGGCACAACGAUUCCAGCGAAGGGGGAGGAGGAUUUCCUCACGCUGGCCGCCUCCCGGCUCAGCCGCAAGAAACGUGUGAUUGGGGCUGGAGUCGGCGUGGCGAUGGUCCUCGUCCUGCUGGUGGCCAUUCCCCUAUUGGUGCACACCACCAAGGGGGGAGGGUCCGGAGGAGGGGGCACGCAUUACGAGAUGCUUGGGAGCUGCAAGAUGGUGUGUGACACUUUCACCCCCCCACAGGGAGAGCUGACAGCCGUCUCCCCUCAGCCCCCAGACUUCGCAAACCGCAAGGGCAAACAGGGGUUCAGAGGGACCCCUGGACUUCCUGGUCCUCCGGGUCCUAAAGGGCCCCCUGGAGAGCCUGGCAAGCCCGGCCCACCUGGUCCACCGGGGCCUGGACCCGGGGGCUACGGGCAAUCCUUCUACAGUCCCAAAAUCGCCUUUUACGCAGGCCUCAGAAAACCACACGAAGGGAGUGAAAUACUGAAGUUUGAUGACGUGGUGACCAACGUCGGGAACUACUACGAGCCGAGCACCGGCAAGUUCACCUGCCCCCUGCCUGGCAUCUACUACUUCACCUACCACGUCCUGAUGAGAGGAGGGGACGGGACGAGCAUGUGGGCCGACCUGAAGAAGAACGGGCAGGUGAGGGCCAGUGCAAUCGCCCAAGAUGCAGAUCAGAACUACGACUAUGCCUCCAACAGUGUCAUCCUGCACCUGGAUGUGGGGGACGAAGUGUGUGUGCAGCUGGACGGGGGAAAAGUUCACGGCGGGAACACCAACAAAUACAGCACCUUCUCUGGCUUCCUCAUCUACCCCGACUGACAGUAUACCCACAUUUAUAUACUCUCUCGCUGUUAUCAAGCAAAACGUUUCCUCCCCUUUCUGCAUCUAACACCACCAUGACGCCAUGAUGUAAUUUGUCAUUUCAAUGCUGUUAAAUACAAAACACAAUUAACAAAUAGAAAAUGUGUGUUAAAAUGAAUAUAGUAUUGUAUAUAUUACCAGUUAACAUUUACUUCUGAUACACACUUGUGUAAUCAUUAUUCUGUGCCAUGUACAGUAUGUGUAAGCAUGGCUAAAACAAAUGGCUCGCAUCUGUUUCACAUGCAC